CUUAGUGAAUACUCUGCUGGACUUUAUGGUCAUUCUGAGCCUAUCCUCGUCGAGGCUAUCAAAGCGACCUUGCAAGAGAACGACUCGAACCCGGGUGCGAAUACCAAGCACGAGAUCAAAUAUGCCUCACUGAUCUGCGAGCGAUUUUCUCUCGAUACUUUGCGCUUCACGAAUUUAGGCACGGAAGCAAAUCUCCAGGUUUUGAUGGCGGCACGGCACUUUACAGGCAGAAACAAAGUGGUUGUCUUUACUGGUGGCUACCAUGGUAGUGUACUGGGAUUCUCCACCAAGCCGAUUGCCAAUACGAUUGAUCAGCAGAAUUUCGUUGUAGUCGAGUAUAACAACAUUCCUGCUACACAAACUGCAAUCGAGCGGACGCCAGAUGUCGGCGCUGUUUUGGUCGAGGGUAUGCAAGGUGCCUCUGGUAAUAUUGUUGGGACGAACGAAUUCCUCUUCGCUGUUCAGGUAUCCUCUUGCAAGGUUGGUGCAGUGUUCAUCUUCGACGAAAUUUUGACGUCCCGCUUGGUCGCAGGCGGGUUGCAGGAAGUGGUGGGUCCCAGACCAGAUCUGACUACCCUGAGAAACUAUCGUGAUGGCUCGCUGGCGUUCGAAGCCUUUGGUGGUCGACGAGACAUCAUGGCCGUGGGCUGA